AUGGCGUGCGACUACCCCGAUGGCGUUAGUUACAAGGCCUGGAACUGCAUCUCCUACAUAUCUAGCGGCACGCUCUCACGCGAGAUCCUCACUGCCGUCUCGGUUAUACAACCAAACUACCACUAUCCAUCUAACCCGGAAUCUCGUCGUUCUGAGUGGACCAACUUCUCGUCGUCGACUUAA